UUGAGCAGAAUAUGGCGACAGGGACACCGGAGCCGAAAAAGAGACUAAAAUGCGACAUCAGCCUGGAUAUGGAGGAGGUUGAUGAGGACACAGAGCUGACGUCUGAUACAGACGACAAUGACCUGUCCAUCAGUGGGACCCUGAGUUUUGAUGGGGACAUCACUGAUAGUGGCGAUGAAGACAUCGGCACAGAAGCUGAAGAGCCUCACCUGGAGCACCCUGCAGGGAGGAACACCAGGGUCGGCAGCGGUGGAGGGAGACACAGUCAGGACAGGAUAGUGUUUGAAGUCAUGAAUGCCAGGACUGUGAAGGAGGGACAUUCCAAAUAUGUGGUUUACCAAGUGCAUGUGGUUAAGAGCCCAGGUUUGGACACAUCUCCAGCCUUCAUCGAGAAACGUUACAGCCAAUUCGACAAACUGAACCAGUGUCUUCGCAAGAGAUUCCCACACCUGCUGGAAAGCGUUGCCUUCCCGAAGAAAACUCUGACAGGAAACUUCAAGUCCCAGACAAUUGCGGAGAGGAGUCGGGCCUUUGAACAAUACCUGCAGCACUUGCACUCUAUCCCGCAAAUAGCCAGCUGUCACGAGUUUUUAGACUUCUUCUACCUUGAGGAUAUAAGGAAGGGGUACGCGAUGAUCCGUGCCGGUCUCUACAAGGAGGCGAUUCCCUCGCUCAGGAAUGCGCUCCACCUACAGGAGAAACUGCUGGGUGAGACCCAUGACGUGGUGUUGCAGACGCACUGUGCCAUCGUGGUGGCGUACGAGGCAUUAGACGAGCUGUGGCACGCCCAGACGUACUCAGAAACAGCCCUGAACUGUGUGAAAGGCUAUCUACAUCACAGUUUCCUGGUCCCACUGCUGCAAACACACAUCAGCUUGUGUUGGAGGUUGGGCAAAGACAAGAAAGACUGGGAAGCUAUCUUACAUGAAGUUGCAGCCAAAGGCAUCGAUGUCAACAGUGGCCCGACACUAAAAGACGUUGUCAUGAACAAGCAUUGACAGGUACUGGCCUCAUCAAAGUCAGGAAAAUAUUUAAUGUAUCAAAGCAGAAAGUACCAAAUAACAAAUUCCUAUGUUCUCAAAUUUCCUCCUAAAAAGUGAUGGGAACAAGGGUACCUUUGUACCAGGACAACCUCAUAAAUGGAAAACUACUCAUGGAAUGCUCAUGGCAGUUAAUUGCAGUCAUAAAUGUAAGUUAAGAAGAAAAAACAUAACUUGUAUCUAUAUGUUUAAAGCUACAGUGGCAGUCAACUAACUGUUAACUAAUUAGAAUGUCAUGCUGGAGACAAAAUACUGUUGAAGUCUAAACUAAUCUGUCAAGCUACGGUGUAGGAUGCUUCUAGGUACAUAAGAUGAUGUGAGAGAAAGCUUAUGUUCAGAUUUAAAGGCUAAUCAUGCUAAACUUUUGAGUGUAAACUUUAAUGGCGAACUUCAAUGUUCCAAAUAUUAUGUAAAUACUGUUUAGUUUAAAAGAGGAGUGCCUUGCAUUCAGUCACUGAAUACAAGAUAAGAAUUUAACAUAUAACUUUUAGUGACCAUUUUAAGACAUGGUCUUAAGGAAUUAGUAAUGUCUAAGAAGAAAUUUACGCAUUUUAACAUUUAGUGUUUGCCUUAUAAUGGCUUGAUCAACAAAGUGCAUCUACGAUAACAAGCUUCUUUGUGCACGUGUGAGGUCCUUUGACAAACAGUAGGACUGAUCAGCUGCAGAUUGUGAUGACAAGGUCUAAUUUGCUGGAGAUUUAUUUUUGUGGAAAGCUUUAGUUAGGUUGAUAUUUGAAAAGGUCAGUCAGUGCUAAAUGUAUCAAAGUGUUCUUCAGAAUUCUUGAAAGAAUUUUCAACAAUCAUGACUGUGUUACUUGCAGUAGAGCCAUUUCAUUUUCAACACUGGUAGGUAUUAGGAACAUAUAAGUUAAUGGUGAUGCCUGUAUGAAAUGUUGUUUGCUGUUGAUGGACCAGUUGAUGGGUUUACAAAGGCAAUGCUAGGCUGUGUUGCAGUCAAGUUCAAAGUAGAUGUAAAUGAAAUGGAUGAUGCUUAUUUUUUGGUACUUUACGCUGGUAGGGCUUUUGCUUUGAUGUUUUAUCACUAUUUUCUCAGCUUGUAUUUCUAUGGUAGAUAACUUCAUGUAAAGUCUUUUCUAUUUCAAGCCUGCUAUUUCUAAAUUUUUACUUCUCACACAGUUUUUAUAGAUCAGAGAGCUUUAAAACUUGAAUACUUGUUGCAGUGUACUGUUGUGCCUAGAUAGUGUAUUUAUAAUGUGUGAUUCAGUGGACCACUGGUCAGGCUCCACUGGUAUCUCAGCCUAUGAAAAGCAGUACUAAUAUUCCAGGCCAAUUUUCUCCAGGUUUUCUUUGCUAAGAUGUUGUGCUAGCUAUAUUAGUUUUGCACACUAUGUGUGCAGUGGACAUGCUGUAUUUUAUUUAGUUUUCUAAGCGUGCCAAUUAUUUAUUGUUAUAAGACGUAGGCAAUGUAAUGUAAUGCACUGGGAAGUGCCAAUAACAAAACUUGUAUCCAUGUGAUGGAAAUCGCUUCAUUAUGUAGUGGUCUGAAGGACUAAGAUAUGAUAUUCGAGUCUGCUGUACUAACCUACUGAUAUGUAGCAGAAUAGAAUUAUUGUAAAACAAAGGCGUUGUCUGUUUUACAUGUUGGGAGUUGUUGCCUUGGAACAAAACAGCCAUGUAACAAGAACUUCUUAAUGUUGGAAAAUGGCUAUUUAAAUUGCCUGGUAUACUGCUCAGUUGUAGCUGUUGCAAAGAUUAAGCAACCUCUUCCCAUCUACC